GAAAUGCCUACAUACAACACUUCUUCAGCUACCCCUGACUUUUUUUUGAUUGGAUUUCCUGGAUUGGAAGACUAUCAUCAUUGGCUGUCCAUCCCAUUUACUAUUAUGUAUCUUAUAGCCAUUUUAGGCAAUGUAACUAUUAUAUUAAUUGUUAAACAUGAGGAAAAUUUACACAUGCCUAUGUAUGUUUUCCUUUGUGUUCUGGCAGUAGUAGAUUUGGGUUUAAGCACAUCCGUAUUACCUGAAAUGUUAAAUGUAAUGUUGUUUAAUAUCCACGUUAUUUCCUUUCAAGCCUGCUUUCUGCAAAUGUUCCUUGUUGACUUUUUUUCUGGACUUGAAUCAUCUAUUCUGGCAGUUAUGGCUUAUGACAGGUAUGUUGCUAUAUACCGUCCAUUACAUUAUACUUCACUGUUAACAGCUACAUCAAUUGUAAAAAUUUUAACUGUUCUUCUUAUAAGAUGUCUCAUUUUAACUGGAGUGAUAGCAAUCUUGGCAUCAAAGUUACCUUACUGUUCACUCACUAAUGUCAGUCAUUGCUACUGUUACCACAUUGCAGUGGCAAAACUGGCAUGCACCGACAUAACAUUAAACAGUUCUUAUGGGCUUUUUGUUGCCUUCCUGAUAAUUGGAACAGAUUUAAUUUUUAUUGCAUUCACUUACGUAAAAAUUCUCAAAGCUGUCUUGAAGCUGGGCUCAAAGGCAGCCCAACACAAGGCAUUUAAUACAUGCGGCUCUCAUUUAUUUAUCAUACUCUACUAUUAUUCAAGUUGCCUCUUUAGUUUUUUAACUAAUAGAUUUGGGCAGAAUGUACCUCAGCACAUUAAAAUAUUGUUGAGUGUUUUGUAUCUUAUAGUACCUCCUGCUUUAAAUCCCAUCAUCUAUGGACUGAGAACUAAGGAAAUACGUGACGUUUUUCAUAAAUAUUUAUUUAGAACAAAAAUUGAACCAAUGGACAAUUAA